AUGCCUGUCAUCCCCGAGCCGUCUAGUUUCCCAUCGGCCUCGAAGAAAGGGGAAGACGAGCCACAGAACCAACGAGGUGAAGGCGAACAGCGCCAGAAAGCAUCAGCCACUGAUCACCUGUCCAAGGGACCACAAAUCCCAGAGGAAAUGCCCCCCAAGGCUUCAAAGGAGGAGAUUGAAGCGCAAAAGAAAGAGCUCAACAAUGUUAAAAACCUGAAUCUCGUGAACUGA